AUGGAUUCUCUUCUCUACUCUAGUGUUUGGUACUACUGGACAACUUGUCUGUGCUUGGUGAUUGCAUUCUUUGUGCUGCUCAAUCUCUACUCAAGGAAGAAGGCACAUAGCAAUCUUCCACCCGGUCCCUUUUUUUGGCCUCUUGUUGGAUCACUGCCCUCUCUCAGCCACUCCAGGCACCACUCUCUCCAUCGUCUCGCCAAGAAGUAUGGACCGAUCAUGUAUAUGGAGCUGGGAAGCCGUCCUCACGUAAUCAUCAGCAGCCUUGCGAUGGCCAGGGAGGUUCUCAAGGAUCACAAUGUCGAGUUUGCGAGCAGGCCCCAGUUUCACACCUUCUUCAAGAACGUAAGCCACGACUACAAUGAUCUUGUGUUUGCUCCUCAUGGCGAGCGCUGGAAGAUGCUGCAGCGAGUGAGCGGCACAGAGAUCUUCGCCACCGGGAGAGUGAACCACUUCUCUGGGAUCCGCAAGCGCGAGCUCGCGGCAUUUGCCUCGAUUGUAGAGAAGUCGGUGGCUGCCGGGGAGGCAUUUGAUCUCACCACGCUGCUUCACGAGCUCUUCACCAACUUGAUGACGUCAGUUCUCUUCGGCCAGAACUUUUAUAACUCGGACACCCCUGUCACCCGAGAGGCUGAGGGUUAUCGGGCUGUGUGGGACACGAUCACCGAGGAGUCAGAGCGGCUGUACAUCGGAGACUUCAUCCCUGCACUGUGA